CUCAUAAUCCAUUCAUAUUCCUAACUUUCCUUUCUCUCUAGAAAGACCAAACCUUUACUUGUUCACAAUCUGUUCAUACUUUUACUUUACCCCAAAAAUGAUGAAGGAAGAUUUGGGUUUGACCCUCAGCUUAAGCUUCUCGCCGCCGGUCGACAACCACCGGCCGGAUCCUCUCCUUCAGUUGAAUCUGAUGCCAUCUUGGACCAACAAGACCCAGACCCAGAUCAUGACCUUCCCUGCUUCUCUAGAUCAUCAUCAUCGGAGUUCGGAUACUGGGUCGUUCUUUAAGGGAAUUGAUGUGAAUCAUUCUCCGGCGACCGUUGUUGAUUGCGAGGAAGAACCGGUGGUUUCGUCCCCGAACAGUACGAUCUCUAGCGUGAUGAGCGGGGGGAAGAGAACUAGUAGCGAUCUACUUGCAGAGGAGAAUGAUGCAGAAAGAGGAAUUAGUGAUGAAGAAGAUGGAGAUGGGUCUAGGAAGAAACUUCGUCUUUCUAAAGAUCAAUCGGCCACACUUGAAGAAAGCUUCAAAGAACACAAUACUCUGAACCCAAAACAAAAACAAGCUUUGGCUAAACGAUUGGGGCUUAGGCCACGACAAGUGGAGGUCUGGUUUCAGAACAGAAGAGCAAGAACUAAAUUGAAGCAGACAGAAGUUGACUGUGAAUUCUUAAAGAGAUGUUGUGAUAAUCUGACAGAAGAGAAUCGAAGGUUACAAAAAGAGGUUCAAGAACUGAGAGCUUUAAAGUUGACACCUCAGUUUUACAUGCAGAUGGCUCCUCCGACAACCUUAACUCUAUGUCCUUCAUGUGAGCGGGUAGGGCCGGCGACAACACCAUCGUCCGCCGCCGUAGAUCCACGGUCUAUUAACAGAGCCAACGUACCUUUUAACCACCACCCUUGGGCUGCCGUCCCUCAACGGCAGUUUAUGUAGACAAACUGGGGUGGGGGUAGUUUGGUCAUGUGGUUAAUUUGGGACAAAGAUAUGGGUAGAUGGGGAUUUGGUGGGUCAUGAUAUGUUUUAAAUUAUUGAUCCCAUCUUAAUCUUUUUUUAUAGAAACUAAAGAAAAUGACUAUGUACUUAAUUAGCUAGGUUAGUGUUAUGCUAAUUAAAAAAAAUAUGCAAGAGGAGUUUGAAUCAUGUGGUUGCAUGUGUAAUGUAAAGGAAUCUAAUUAUUUAUUUUAUAAAGGUUUGUAUUCUAU